UUUGAAAGCUAAAAACAGAACUAGUUAUCAAAUAUUUUUUUAAUAAUCUUUAAGGAGGUAUGAAGUGCAAGGUACUUUGAAAGCGUGCCUGAAAAAGUUUUAUCUUCCAGAACCACCCUCACACAAUCUCAGAAUCUCAUCAACGAGCCUUCUCUGUCUGAGUCACAAUGUUCUUCCUAUAUAUCAAUAUCUUGCCCAAUCCAAACCCCUAAUUCCAAUUCGUAAAUAUUCAACUCCAUCCAAUCUUUAUGUCGCAAGAGGAGAUAGCGAGAAAAGCUAUAAAGCACGCAUUGAAGGCGCUGAAGAAACGACACUUGGUCGAAGAAGGAGCUCAUGCUUCUGCUUAUAUUGCUCUUUCCAGGCCCAUCAUUUCCCAGGGUUCAGAAUGGAAAGACAAAGUGGAAAACUUGGAAGUGGAACUUCAGCAAUUUUAUAAAGUGCAAUCAAGAUUAUCUGAGCAGCUAGUGGCGGAAGUAGCCGAGUCUAGAGCUUUAAAAGCUUCUCUACAAGAGAAAGAAACAGCAAUUGCUGAAUUGGAGAAGGAGUUGACCCAAACCAGGGAUGAAUGCUCUCAAUUAAAGACAAAAUUAGAAGAAAAGAUUAGAGCUUUGGAAUUGGUGAUGAAUGAGCACCAGGAACUCAAAGCUCAACUAGAACAACUGACCAUUAAAGCUAAAAAUGUAGAGGCUGAAAACAAGAUGUUAGUUGAUCGCUGGAUGCUUCAAAAAAUUCAGGAUGCUGAACGGCUUAAUGAGGUAAAUGCGCUUUAUGAAGAUAUGAUUGAGCAACUUAAGGCCAGUGAUUUAGAAAAACUUGCCCGAGAGCAAGUAGAUGGUAUUGUCCGUAGAAGUGAAGCAGGUGCUGAGUUCUUUGCGGAAUCAAUCAUUCCCUCUGCUUGCAAGCACAGGAUCAGUGCCCAUGAAGGUGGUUGUGCUUCUAUACUGUUUGAGUGCAAUUCUGGCAAAUUGAUCAGUGGAGGACAAGAUCAAUCAAUCAAAAUGUGGGAUACUAGCACUGGAUCUUUAAGCAAUAGUCUCUUUGGCUGCGUUGGUUCUGUCCUAGAUCUUGCAAUUACCCAUGACAAUAGAUUCAUAAUAGCAGCAAGUAGUUCAAACAACUUGUUUGUAUGGGAUGUCAACUCAGGACGCAUCCAUCAUACUCUCACAGGUCACACAGAUAAAGUGUGCGCGGUAGAUGUGAGCACAGUUUCAUGGCGUCAUGUUGUGAGUGCAGCUUAUGAUCGUACUAUAAAAGUGUGGGAUUUGCAGAAAGGUUACUGCACUAACACAAUAAUUUUUCACAGCAACUGCAAUGCUCUUUGCUUCAGCACAGAUGGACUAACCAUAUGCUCAGGUCAUGUUGAUGGGAAUCUUCGUUUGUGGGAUAUUCAGACAGGAAAGUUGCUUGGUGAAGUCACGUCACAUUCACUCUCUAUUACAUCUCUUUCUCUGUCCCGAAACGGGAAUGUAGUAUUGACCAGUGGCAGAGAUAAUUUGCACAAUUUGUUUGACACGCGAUCAUUGGAAGUCUGUGGUACGUUCAGAGCAACCGGAAACAGAGUGGCAUCGAACUGGAGUCGCUCGUGUAUAAGUCCAGACGACAAUUAUAUUGCUGCUGGCUCUGCUGAUGGAUCCAUUUACAUUUGGUCAAUAUCCAAAGCUGACAUAGUAAGCACUCUGAAGGAGCACACUGCUCCUGUCCUGUGUUGUGCAUAGGGACUUGGAAAGCCAUUAGCCUCCGCAGAUAAGAAUGGGAUUGUCUGUACCUGGACAUGAUCCCCAGGUUGUACAUGGAAUAUACUAGUACAUAUGUCUCAGGGUCAUGUACAUAUGUCUACGAUGAUGGAAAGUAGUAGUUGUCAAAAUAGAUCAUAUUAUCUAAUUUUUUUCUAAAGAUCAAAAUGUUUUUGCUUGAUCAGUGACUCUUUUAUGAAUUUUUUGGAUAAAAAAAUUUAGAAUUUAAUUCAAUUAAUUUAAAUAAUUACAAAAUAACAUUUAAUAAGUGCGGGUGGAACUAUAGUCAAGAUAGAGGUUGACUACUCAAGGGGUCAUGUCCCUGACCCAAAUUACAAGCUGGUUUGCACCGGUUCCACCGACCACGUCUAAGUGGUUCGUGUCCAGUUCUACCCUGAAGUCUGCUCCUUUUCUGGGCCUGCCAUGAUCCAACCACUCUGAAUCGGCAGGGUGAAGAUGUGGGUGCACAAUACGGAUCGGGGAUAUGUUACUACAAUGAGAACCAGGCUGGAGUGGGUGCACUGACCCCAUCAGAUGCUACGGC